AUGGGAGAUGAUGUCAAACUUAAAUUUCUAUCCCUUUCCACAUGUGAAUGGCAAUAUGAUACCUGUACAAGCCCUUGUUUCAAGACGUGCAGGGACCCUCUGGGAAAAAACUGCCAGGCAGUACCAAAAGUGGAAGGAUGCAUCCCUGCCUGUCCUCUCAAUAUGUUGCUGGAUGAAAUCACUCAAAGAUGCGUGUAUUUUGAAGACUGCAUUGAACCUGCAGAUGAUAGUCCACCUUUGGCACCCAGCAUUCAAACACCAGCAGUUUCACAUAUAGCAUCAAGUACAAGUUUGGCAAUGAUCAGUCGUGUACCUGAAGCAAAGGACACGGAAACCACACUUGCUUCAAAAUUGCAGCUCACUGCAACUACAGCGAAAACUGAAUUUUCAGCUGUUACGUCUAAUACAACACUUCCAACCAUAACUUUAUCAUCAAAUAUUUCUUCACCGUCAACAGAAAUGAUAUCUGGGAGAAGCAUUACAGCAAUAUCUGGGACAACAAAAUCUAAUGUGAGCUUGUCUUCUCCUGUUGACAUUUCUCCAUUGUUUCCGUCUACUGUCAGUUCAGAAACUUCCACAAAGAUACAACCGAUCAGUAGUAGUUCCACUAAACUAUUGAGGGCUACAGAACCUCAGACGGUAACUGCUACACAUGCAGUGACUACAAGCACAGAAUCAGAAAGCAAACCAAUUUCUACUUUUAUUUUUACUGGGACAUCCCUUAUACUUAGAACAACAGAAAUGCCAGUCAAAACUAAAAUAAUGGAAAUAUCAGAAAUAGUCACAAAAACACUUCCCACAAAAGAAGCACAAGUAAAACCAGAAGGACUUACAACACUUACAUCCGAUUCAUUUGCAUCAAUAACAGAAAAAACUGCUGCCUAUGUGCCCCAGGUUUCUGCAUCACCAUCUCUGGGCAUGCCUUCAUAUAUACCACCAGUAAACCUAACAGGAACUUCAGAAGAGACAAAAAUAGAACAGUCUUUGACCACAGUAGCUAAUGUUACAGUAACAUCAUCUUCUCCCCCAAUGACUACUUUGUUUAAAACAGUGUCUUCAGCAACGACAAAAGCGGCAACUGUUUUAACCAAACAAAGAGUGAAGACUACAUUUUCACCAACAUCCACACCACCUGUUUUAUUAGGAAAGGCAAUUACAGAACCUCAUCAACACCUGACUGGUACUGCAGAGGUAGCUUUUGCUACAACUCUAGGUCCAAAGACAACAACUCUGCAAACUCAGGAGAGAUCAUCAGAAACAACUUUGUUACCAUUUACAAGAGAAACUCACAAAACAGUAUCUCACGUGGAGCGUGCAUCAAGUUCCUAUUUCCCUCUGCAUUCACUGCAUCCUAGUUCUACAACUGAAAAAUCUGUCACUCUCUCUACAAGACCUUCAGUAUCUGUUCCUACUCCUGCUUCUCCAGCUUCAGGUGAAUUAAAAAAAACAUUCAGAACUGUUUCAACAACAGGAUAUCCCUCAUACAUAGUUCUAAACACAACUGCAUUCCUGACUACAUUAUACACUAAAUAUGCUGGUGUGGCUGAGACUAUCAGAGUGACACCUUUGUCUGUUGAGGUAACAUCCAAAAGAACAUCCCCUUUUGCAUUACCAGCCGAGUCAACUUUGUUUCCUGGAAAAACAUUUCCUGAAUACAAGUCAACUCUGGUUUCAAGUACGGUGAAGACAAGCGCUUCAGCAUAUUCAGGUAGUGUUACCACAUCACCAGUUAAAACCUCUAUCUCAUCAAAAGAAACCACCACAGUUCCUUUUGUAGAUACAGAAAGAGAGUCAGCUCAAAGAACGUCUGUCACUGGAUCCCCACUGACUCUCGUUAGCGCAACUGAAUCCACAUUGUUGACAACACAACCUGAUAAAUCACAAGUGGAAAGAAUUACUAGCAUCUCUACUAGAAAGCCAUCUGCUUUCCCCUCUUCACCAUCAAGUUCUCUAAUAUCUUUAAACAUUUCUCUUCCUUCACUACCCUCAUAUGGAAAAGAAGCAUCACUGACAGCACUCAGUCCCGUGCAUACAUCCCAUGUUGUACUUCCAGUAACAAAAUCUUCUUACACUUUCUCCACCUCUCAGUAUCUAGCAGAUAAAUUGGUCUCUUCUCCUUCUUUAACACAAAUAAUACCAGAAGUAACAACUACACCAAAAUAUCCAGUAGAAACUAAAAUAGUUUCUACAGCAUUGAAAUCUACAGUCCAAAGUAUAACAGAUACAGUAAAACUUACAGCAGCUACAGCUCAGCCAUCCUUUCCUCCAUCUUCAGUAGGCCCCUUCUCUUGGCAGACAUCUUCAGGAGAUAAACUCUCAGUACAGACCACAAAGACCUUGGCUAUACCACAUUUUUCUACUCAGAAGGCUAUGGAACUUGGUCAUCAGACUUCUGAGCCUUUCUUAACAAGCCGAAGCAGUACCCCAAUUUACCAGUAUCCUGCAGAAACAAAAUCCACUGCUCAGCCACAACGUGUCUUUAGCACGACUGAAGCUACAGUAGAAUUGACUUCCUCAUACCCCUUCAUUACCUCACUACCUGAAGCUGCAUCAUCAGUCAGUACUACUCAAACUUCAAAACUUGAAAUGCCAUCUGAGGUGCAAAUGUCUGCUGUGAGUUCACUGCUAGCAGUAUCUGACCGUCCAAAUGAUACAACAGCUCCAUUAGUUUCCUCCUUUGCCUAUUUGUCUACCAAACCAAUUUAUGGCUUGUCUACAACGUUUUCUGAUGGACUGGUGACAGCUGAAGCGGUAUCGGGAGUCACAGCAUCAGCUUUUAUGCGGCCUAGAGAAACAGCAACUCUUCAAACUUGUACACCGAUCACAGAGAAUGAAUGCAUAAAACACAUUUGCUUGGAUGGACAACUGAUCCAAGUUAAUAAGUCACAGAACUGUCCGUACAACACAACUCAACCCAGCUGUGGAGUUUUAGGAUUUGCUACUCAAGUGAAUGGUGACAAAUGCUGCCCAAAGUGGGAAUGUGCAUGCCGUUGCACAAUUUUUUCUGAUCUCAGCAUUGUAACCUAUGAUGGAAAUCACGUGGCUUUAUCCAAAGAAGCAUCCUACGUUGUUAGUCAAACUCAAGAUGAAACUAUAACCAUCCAUGUCCUUGACUGUAGAAUGAGUGAUUCAGAUUCAACUUCUUUGUGCCUGGCGAUGUUGAAUUUAACCUAUGUAUCAAACCAAAUUAUUAUAAAUCGUUUAAGUAGAAAAAUAACAGUAAAUUCAAGAUUUGCUUCGCCUACUAUUAGAAAAUACGGGUACAAAGUCGAGGAUUCGGGCUUCAAGUAUGCAGUUGAGACCCCAACAAAAAUCAGAAUUCAGUGGUUUCACAACACAGGCGUGAUGAUUAUUGAGUUUAAUAAUACCAGAGAACCAAGAGCUUUGGGACUAUGUGGUUUUUGUGACAGAAGCUUGGAAAAUGACCUGAUGCUACCCAACAGGACUGUUUUAAGCAAAAGUGAUGCUCCAUCAAUUUUCAUAGACAGCUGGCAAGUGCCAGGCACACUGAAGUAUGUUGGAGAAGACAGGCAUCAGGAAACUAAUUGCUCAGUCAUGGACUGCUCAGAGUGCUUAAGACUGGUGUUGAACCAGACCUUCAGCAGCUGUCAUCCUUAUGUUCCACCUGAGCUAUUCUGCAAUAUGUGGGUUCAAGACACUGAGUACAUUCGAAAUCCAUGCAUUUCACUAGCUGCCUAUGUGGCAAUGUGCAACAAAUUUAAUAUUUGUAUAGAAUGGAGGAGCUCUGAUUACUGCCCCUUCCCCUGCUCUGAAAACUUCUCCUAUCAGGCUUGUAUAGCUGCCUGUGAGGUUGCGGAUAGUUGUCAGAAUAGCGAGAUUACUUCUCUGGACUCAGACUCCUGCUCAGUGUUGACAGAAGGCUGCGUCUGUGCUGGAGGGACCAUCCUUCACCAAGCUCAUACUGCUCUCUGUAUUCCUGAAGAAAAAUGUGCUUGUACAGACAGCUCAGGAGCACCUCAUGCAGUAGGUGAGAUCUGGAAGACUUCUUUGAGCGGAUGCUGUAUGCAAAAAUGUGUUGACAGUGAGACCAUUAUUCCAGUGGAGUACAACUGUUCAGAUAUCCACAAUUUAGACUGCCAGCGAUUUGCAGAAGUGGCCUUGCUUGUUCCUGGUGAUCAGACAUGUUGUCCUCAGAAGAUCUGUAUUUGUAAUCAGAGCCUCUGUGAAUCCCUAAUCCCUGAGUGUAAUGGCUUGGAAAAGCUGGUCACUUACUACAGUGAAGAAUCCUGUUGUCCCAACUACGUUUGUGAAUGUGAUCCAGCAAAAUGUGAACCAGUGGAGCAGAUACCAAGCUGUCGAGAUGAUCAAACACUAAUUGUUGCUCGGGUGGAGAGUACCUGCUGCAUUUCCUAUAUAUGUGCAUGCGGGGCUUGCUCUGAUCAAAUACCCAAAUGUCAAGAAGGAGAAGUUCUUAUCGUGGAUGGCAACACUACGGAGAGGUGUUGCCCUACAUACCAGUGUGUUUGUGAAAUACAUCGCUGUCCUGAAUUCAAAUGUAUGCUAGGCAUGUCUUUGGUGGAAGUAUGGAGCCCAGAGAAGUGCUGCCCCUUUCGGAGAUGUGAAUGUGCGUGUGAAACGAUCCCUAAACCUCAGUGUGAACUG